UGAAUUACUUUUUUGCAUCCAAAACUUUACUAUUUUGCAAAUUUACCAUUCCAAAAACGCGUAAAUGAACAGCUCUUUCCACGAUUCAUCGUCCCCCCAAUUGUUUGACUAUAUAGAUCGAUCUGCGCUGCACCUCUGCUGCUCCAACUUGGUCAGCGCAUCUCUUUACCCGUAUUCAUCAGAUCUUGCGAGAAAUAUGGAGAACGGAAGAUCGGAGUCUGCGUUCUGGAAUUUCAGCGAUCAGCUUCGGCUCCACACGGCGGGGAUCGGGAGCCUUUCUCUCGGCGACAGCAUAUGGUCGGAUCCCUUCCUCUCCGCUUCCGGACGCCGCCCAGAGGAUCGCCGGAACAACGAAUCCGCCGUUGAGUCGGCGGCGAUGGAGAUCGGGUCCUCUGGUUUGUGGAAGACGGGGCUUGAGCUCCCCCAAAAGCUUGCUUUUACAAACAGUAACCUGAAUCGUUACAACAACAACAACAACAACAAUAACCUUGGUGGUGGCAGUGUGAAGAACUCCAAGGAUUUUUGCAACAACAGCGGUGUUAAUAAUUUUAACAGUGGGAUGAAGAAUUAUUUCAGCAAGGCGAUUGCUAGGCCUGCGGUUAAUAACAAUAAUAGCAGUGGUAUUCAUGGAGGCACCUAUAAGGGAGUUGGAAAUAACGAGAGUAGUGGUAAAGGUGGGAAGAAUAAGAAGUACAGCAAUAAUAGUAACAAAGAUAGUAACAAUAAUAGCGGGAAUUCUGUGGAUAAGAGGUUCAAGACUUUGCCGCCUUCAGAGGCUCUUCCUCGGAGCCAAACUGUCGGAGGCUACAUCUUUGUCUGCAACAACGAGACCAUGGAGGAGAAUCUUAUAAGGCAACUUUUUGGCCUUCCUCCACGAUACAGGGACUCGGUCCGAGUAAUAACCCCAGGGUUGCCUAUUUUCUUAUACAACUACUCAACACAUCAACUUCAUGGAAUUUUUGAGGCUGCUAGUUUUGGAGGAACAAACAUCGAUCCUUCUGCUUGGGAGGAUAAAAAACAUCCUGGAGAAUCUCGUUAUCCUGCUCAGGUUAGAGUCAUAACCAGGAAAAACUUUGAACCUUUGGAGGAGGAUUCUUUCAGGCCCAUUCUACACCACUAUGAUGGACCCAAGUUCAGACUUGAGCUUAGCGUCCCUGAGGCACUGGCCCUUCUUGAUGUAUUUGCAGAGAAUAAUGCUUGAGAGGAGGUGAUUGAAUGGGAAAGUUAAAGAGUGAGGCUUUUAUAUGAUAUAAUAUAUAUAUAUAUAUGCUAGACAUUUUGAUGAUGGGAAAAACAACUGAGAAAGCAGUAGUAAUGCUUUGCUAUGUAAAUGUUGAAGGACAUUUGUAUAGGUGGUCUAGUAGCUGUUUAAUUAGUUAUAUGACUAUGGUAAAGUUACUUUAAAGUAAAGAUAAUAAUAAUAAAUCAAUAAAGCUUGUCGAUGGGGCUUGUGGAUCUUUACAUGGCAAUAUAAAUUGUAAACUGUUGGAAAACGUUUUGUGGUUUGAGUUUUAUGUGAUACAUUGCUAUUUUACGUAAAGUUUAUGAUAUGAAGAUGCCUUGCGUUCAGA